AAUGUAAAAACAAGAUCGUAACAUUUCACCGACGUGGAUGCUCUACCUCCUUAAUUGUAACAUUUCGUUGAUUUUGAUUAUCUCAAGGCUACGAGUAUACAGCUGCAAUCAAAGAGAAGAUCUGAAUACUGACGAGCGCCUGAGUUCGGAGCGCCGUUGUUUUGUCCGAACUAUUCAAAAUCACUGUGCAUUGGGGCUCCAGGAGAUUCACAGUGGGGAAGCGGCGGCAAUGGAUGCUUUCAGGAAACAAGCCAGUAAACUCAGAGAGCAAGUCGCCAAGCAGCAGCAGGCUGUGAUUAAGCAGUUCGGUGGGAGCGGCUAUGAGAGUUCGGAGGUUAUGGUUAUUGAUGAGGUUGAGUUGCAGAUGCAUCAUCAAUUGGAGAAAUUGUACAGAUCUACUCGAUCCGGAAGGGAGUUUCAGAAAGAAGUUGUCAAAGCAGCUGAGGCUUUCACUGCUGUAGGGUAUAAACAUAUAGAAGCUGGCACCAAGUUGUCUGAAGAUUGUUCCAGGUACGGUGCAGAGAAUGCUUAUGAUGAGGCUCUUGCAAAGGCUACAUCCGUAUAUGGGGAAGCCCGAAAACAUGUGGAGAGGGAGCAGGAUGAUUUCAACAGAUUGUUGUUUACACAGGUGUUAGAACCCUUGAGAGCAAUGAUUAAUGGUACUCCCCUGGAAGAUGCUCGACACCUUGCUCAACGAUAUAGUAAAAUGAGACAAGAAGCUGAGGCACAGGCGGCUGAAGUUUUUAGACGCCAAGCACGUGUAAGGGAAUCACCUAUUCCUGACAAUGUGGCGAAGCUGCAUGCUGCAGAAACUAGAAUGCAGGAACUCAAAGCAAAUAUGGCAGUACUCGGUAAAGAAGCAGCGGCAGCAUUAUCUGCUGUAGAAGCACAGCAGCAGAGGCUUACAUUUCAGAGACUUGUAGCAAUGGUCGAAGGUGAAAGGACAUAUCAUGAACGAGUUGCUACAAUUCUCGGAAAUAUUGAAACUGAGGUGGUUUCAGAGAAACAGAGGAAAGAGGCGGCCCCUCCUGUGAUUCCUCUCAAUCACACUUCAGAUAAAACAAAGUACUUUCUGGCUGAGGCAGUUCAUGCUUUUGAUGCUGAAACAGAUAAGGAACUAAGCUUGGCAGUGGGGGAUUUUGUUGUUGUUCGGAAGGUGAAUCCUUCUGGGUGGUCAGAAGGAGAAUGUAAAGGCAGAGCAGGAUGGUUUCCAUCUAAGUACGUGGAGAAGCGCCAAAGAGUUCCGACAAAUUAUACUGCAGCUGAAGUUUAUUAAUCGGGUACAUGCUUCUAAUCAUCAGGUUGAGAAAAUUUAUUUCAUUUUGGUGUUGGUUUAAUCCCUUGAUUGGGGUUACUCGAUUAGAUACAGUUCUACUUUGUAAUAUUAUUUGUGUUGUAAUGCUAUUAUUUGGUUUUCUGGUGUACUUUUAAGUUAUUUUUUAUUCGAAUCCUUGCUUAAUUUACGAGGUUGUUAUAAUUCCUGACA